AUGGCUAGCUCACCAACCUCUUUGGCAUCUACGGGCACCCAAUCGACAGUCUCCUCACAGACGAGCGGAGGCUUCGAGUGCGCACAGACUGGAUGCGCUGUGUGCGUCGACAAUGAUCCACCGUCCUCUUAUCAAUCCCCGACUUCAAAGUUGAAGCGCUCGCGACUGGUAGAGCGGGAAGAAGUCCCUUACGAUGGUAAUCUCUCGCCGCCGGCAAAGAAUCCAGCUAUUGUGCCUCACGCUCGAACUUAUGCCAAAGGAUUGGCCAAGCGCAAGUUGCCAGAGCCGAGCGACGAUCCUUGGAAUGGUAACCAAGACUCAUACCUCUGGACCCAGUAUGCAUACGCUAGCUGGGUACCUCUUAGACGAGACGCUAAUUUCCCCUCAUCUUCUCUCGCAUUCAGUCUCGCCGCGAAUCGCUUCGACGUAGCCGUCCAGGGUCUUUAUGGCUGCACCUCGCUGAUGAUCAUCUCAACUCAGGGCGUUUGGAUGUCCCAUCUUUGGGAAAACCCCUCGUUCCAGGUUGGCGGCAUCGUCAAUCAGGCCAACUUCCAAGCCCACAUCCUUGACAGGCUUGGGCCGGGGGAUGGAACCGCCGAAUUUCCUGGUCUCACUCAGUAUCUCAACACUCAGUUCGCUGCGGACACCAAGCCAGUGGCCAUCAUCAUGACUCCUCGGAACCGAUUUAACCCGCAGCCGGGUGUUCUUAUGUUCCAGAAUCAAAUCACCCAACUCUCGAACAAGGUCCAAACAAUUUUUGGUGGCAUAUUGAACGGCAUUCCGCUCAUCGUCGACUACACCCCUAAGUCUGAUCAGUUCUCCCAAGAUUGGACGUCGUCUGGUAAAGCACUGUUCCAGUACGAUCCUGUUGAGAUUCGAUGCAAUGGCGUUCAGUGGGCUAUGGUAAGACUAUGGGUGGAAGAUAGGGUAUUGUAUACGUACAAGCAUUAUUGGGUUGCGAGGGCAAACCAAGUCGUUGCUCCCCCUGCCAACCCGCAACAGGCUGGAAACCAGAAACGCCAGGAUCAAAGCGCCGAUGAUACCCCUUCACCUUCCUGCUUAGACUCAAUGACGGCCACUGGAUCCAUAUCUAUGGGCGUAAUGAGCAACUCUGGAUCUUUGCCUGCUGCGUCCGCUGUCUCCGGUUCAAGUGCCGAGUCUGCUAGUAGCUUGCCUUCUUCGCCUGCGACUGUUCCCGCCACUACCACUGCUGCCGGUGUCAAUGCUGCGACGUCUCUGGCCGCAGUAUCUCUCUCCGCCAUUUCAACUGCCGCAGUCGCUGCCGCGAGCGCCGCCCAGAUCACGAUGUCUCCACUUUGCGAGCCUUAUUCGCUUAACGCUGGCGGCGAUGGAGGUGUCGAAAACUGUUUCCCAGCUGCACUCUGUCAAUGCUCCUCCGGAAAUUUUGCGGGAACUUAUACCACGAUGACGGGGACCAACCAAUGCGGUUAUACCACAAUCCCAUCCUCCCAGUGGAACCCCAGCGACCAAAUCUGCACUAUAGGCUUGUCCGCCUCCAGCCUUCGCCCAGUCAAACCAACCACAACAGGCCAAUACCUUUUCACAGAAACCGACCUUCCAACCAGCGGUUCCGGCACAACAGUCUAUGGCUGCACAUCAACCUUGACGUCCGAAGCUGGUCCCGUAAUGGGCACUUACUGCGCCGGCUCCAAAACUCCCCUCACGACCCUCUUCCCACCAAUUAAGACCCCCACAGGCGCCCCAGCGGCACCGUCGUGCAACUCUCCUGCCAACCCUCAGGACGCCUCCGCACAAGGCGAUCCUGAUGGCUACGUCCCCAACCCUGUCUUCUUCGAAGCAGCCAUCGGCGUGUUCUGCGGUCCAAACUGCAAAGGCAAAUCAGGCUGCCUCUCAGCCACCGGCGAAACACUCAGUUCCAACAUGGACGCUUUCAAAGCAACAUUCUUCUGCAGUGACGCGCAGUCUGCACCUGGAGGCAACAAGACACUCGACUGUGAGCCUAAUGAUUGGGAGAAUAAUCCGCCCCCUUACUGGGAAGCGUCAGGGAUUAUGUUCAACCUGGGAGUCAAGUUGAUAGACAAGAGCUGCCAGUGGACGGUCGAUAGUGACACUUGUAACAAGUGGUUGAGUAACACACUGAGUGGGUGUCCGGCUGCGGGUCUCGAUUGGAAUGAGUGUGUGGCGUGGACGGUAGGUGCAGGGGCAGCAGGGCUGAGUUUAAGUGAUUGGCAGGCGGAUCAUCCUAGCGGUACUUGGUGA